CAAACUUUUCAUGGACAAGUCAGGAGAUAGGGUGCAUUUGAUGUUCCUGGACUUCAUGCGUAACCUUCGUGAUCCGCCACAGUAUAGUUGGGGUAGUGGUUGCCUGGCCUGGUUAUAUAGGGAGUUGUGUCGGGCAAGCGAGAAAGGGGCAUCGCAGAUUGGUGGGGCGUGCACCUUGGUCCAGUAUUGGGCAUGGGCAAGGUUGCCAUUCUUGUGCCCGAGGAUAGGGCCCUCACCUGGAUGUGAUUAUGGCCCAUGGCCAUAUGCUCCACUUGCAUUUAAGUGGGUGCGGGUGCCAAGCCCGAAGAGUAGACCAUCCGGCAUGGCCUUGGUCCACUAUCGCGAGCUAUUAGUUACAAUGCAGCCAGAGCAGAUUGUGUGGCAACCAUACGAGGCACACUUCAGCCACCUUCCUGAGUUCUGCGUUGCAGGGAGGGAUAUGUGGACAGCAAGGGUGCCGCUUCUGUGUUUUUGCAUAGUAGAGAGACACCACCCAGACCGUGUCCUUCGACAGUUUGGCUUGGCGCAGGAGCGGCCUGACCAUGUUGUCUACGAUGAUAGGCUGCAUAAAAUCGACUUACGUGGGAAGGUGGAAAGGAAUUGGAGGGAGGAGCAUGGACCGUAUAUCAUUUCUUGGGAAAUGAGACGACAACAAGUUUGUCAUGCACCUCCUCAGAUUGGUGAGAUGCCCCGCAAUCAUGCCUAUUACGUCUGGUACCGUCCGGUCACUCGAAAAUAUGUCGACCGCAACAGCGCUAAAUUAGAUAUUAUGAUUCAAAGCCAUUUAGCGUUGUUGGCGAUGCUUCCUGAAGGCAGCCAAGCUCACAACCAUGUCCGGCGUAUCCUAAAUAAUGUGGCUGGCCUUGGUGGUGGUCCUGCAGUAAAUGAGCAUGCAAACAAUGGGGAUGAGACUGAACUAGCAGCUGCUGCAACCCCAAGCACAAGUGCAGCACCCGUAAGUACACCGACCCGUGGUCAUCGUGCUACUACAAGCCCAAGCACAAGCGCAGCUAGGGGUCGUCUUCGGCCUGCUACAGCAACCCCAAGCACAAGUGCAGUUAGGGGCCGUGGUCGGCGUGCAACAACCCCUCGGGUUGUAACUACUCUUGAGAUGCCUCCACCCAUCCCGCAAGCAUCUCCUCAGCCUGAGGUCCCUUCACCCAUCCCAUAUGCAUCUCCUCAGGCCGAGGUCCCUUCACCCAGCCCACCUUCGCAGCCCAAUUUCGAUGUCAGUAUUGACCAAAAUGUGACCUCUCCUAUACUCCCCGAGACACCCUCAUACCCACACACUGGCUCUAGUGCACCCACUCCUGGCCUCUACAUAAAGCAGGAUUACCCACCUACCACAUCCUCAUCUGACCCUCUAGGACCUCCGGUUGGGAUUGACACUGUAGAGCCACAUACUGAUGUACCGGACCUUAAUCCCCCUCAUCAGCCCUCACCCCCACGAGGUAGACCGCAACGCAGUAGAAGAGCACCCACGUGUGGGACAGGUGGACACAAAAUAGGACACCGAGGCCCCGCUAUGCACGAUGAUGACCCUAAGGUUGAUGCCCCGCAGCCUCCUCCCCCACCCAAACAUUACACGAGGGCUAAAAAACACAAAAUUGGUGAACCUUGA